CCACUGCCUUAGAGGGAGCCCCGUGAUGCAUGUUGCAAUUUUCAAUGGUACUGGGGAGACUGAUAGUUGCCUGGCAUGAGUACUCAUGACACUUGGAUAUUGGGAGGAGGGAGAUCUACAUUAAGAAGUCUGCCAUUAUGGAUAUUGGGAAAGGGAUUCAUUAAUAAGUCAACCCUCUUAAAUAUUGAUAGAGUAAAAGAUACAUUGAGAGGGUAGCCAUCUUGGAUACUGGGAGAAUGAAGGAUACACCUUGGAUAAUGGCAGGUGGAGCAGUAUUCAGAUGUCAGUCAGAUGGCUAUUGAGAAUGAUACAUUAAGAAGUCAGCCAUCUUGGAGAUUGGUAGGAGGGAUAUAUUGAGAGGGUGGCCAUCUUCGAUAUUGAGAAGGAGGGAUGCAUCAAUAGGUCACCCAACUUGGAUAUUAGUAGAAGGAAGAAGUCAUUGAGAAGUCGGUUAUAGGGAUUCAUUAAGUAGUAGGCCAUCUUGGAUAUUGGGAGAUGAAAUAUGGAAAGGGCUGCCAUCUUGAAUAUUGAAAGAGGAAGGCAAAGAUUGAUGUCUGGUUUUCCUCUCAUUCUUCUGGCAGGUCGCCUCUGAAUGAACCUUGUGAAGAAGGCCGUGUGAGAGCUUUGCCCUCGGGAUACCUUCAGACUGAAAUGAAGGCUCACUGCACUGGCAAGAAUAAGGAAUAAGUAGGAGAAAGACAUAUUUCAAGCAACAUCUUUGGGGGGAAAGGGAGGGGCUUUGGAAAGAAACCUGAAGGCUAAGGCAAUAAAAAGACCAAGAAGAGGAAGUUCUGUGCUGUUCAGGAGUUCAUAUCUGUGAACUUCUGGUAUAAUAUUUGAACCAUAAAUAUAAAAGAAUGGACAUUUUUCAUCCCUCUUCCACAUCACAUACAGGGGAGAAGCUACAUAAGUGUACAGACUGUGGGAAAUGUUUCAUGUGGAGAAGUUCUCUUACUAAACAUCAACAAACUCACACAGGCGAGAAGCCAUAUACAUGCAUGGAAUGUGGAAAAAGUUUCAGUCGGAGUGGAGAUCUGCAUUCCCAUCAAAGAACCCACACAGGGGAGAAGCCAUAUCAAUGCAUGGAAUGUGGAAAGAGCUUCAGUCGGAGUGGAAACCUGUGUUCCCAUCAAAGAAUCCACACAGGGGAGAAGCCACAUCAAUGCAAGGAAUGUGGAAUGAGCUUCAGUCAGAGUGGAGAGCUGCGUCGCCAUCAAAGGACCCACACAGGGGAGAAGCCACAUCAAUGCAUGGAAUGUGGAAUGAGCUUCAGUCAGAGUGGAGAUCUGCGUCGCCAUCAAAGGACCCACACAGGGGAGAAGCCACAUCAAUGCAUGGAAUGUGGAAAAAGCUUCAGUCAGAGUGGAGAUCUGCAUUCCCAUCAAAGGACCCACUCAGGCGAGAAGCCACAUCAAUGCAUGGAAUGUGGAAAGAGCUUCCGACGGAGUGGACAGCUGCGUUCCCACGAAACAACCCACACAGGGGAGAAGCCAUAUCAAUGCAUGGAAUGUGAAAAGAGCUUCAGUUGCAGUGUACAGCUGCGUUACCAUCAAACAACCCACACAGGGGAGAAACCAUAUCCAUGCAUGGAAUGUGGAAAGAGCUUCAGUCACAGUGGAAAUCUGCGUUCCCAUCAAAGGACCCACACACGGCUAGAGGAAGAGAACUACUGCCUUUGAGUUUCCAGUUCUGCUAAAAAUUCCCCAGACAAGGGUCCCAUCCCUCCACAGGCAGGCAAAGAAUGGAAGCAAAGAGGAAGGCCACCGCCUUGUUCUCUGUCUGUCAUGGACAGCAGUCUGCGUGGCCCGGCUUGAUUGCUGCUGGGGGCAGGCCCCCCACAGAGGAGGACUCUUCUCAGCAUUGCAGCCAUUUUGAAGGGAGUAACCUGACCUCGUCCUCCUCAAGGAAAGCAUCAGAGACUUCUGGGGUGAUCUGUGAAGGCUUUUAUCUUAUGAUUAUGGGUUUCUGGAAAAGACACGCUCUUUGGGAGCAGAUAACGGCGUACCUUCGCACUGCUGUCCUGGAUCUUGGCUCUGCUGCCUCGUUUUUGAUUCUGGACUUUGGCCUUGCUGCUGCAACCCUGUUCUGAACUCUGUUGUAUCCUGAUUCUAAGUUGUGAACUGACAUCCUGGCUUGAUUUAUGGACUUCAGUUUGUAUACUUGCCUAUCUGGCUUGACUUCGGAACCCUGACUUUGGUUUGUACUCUUGCAUUCUUGGUUGUUAUUUUAUGAACUCUGAUUAAUAAGCUC